UACAGUGUCUAUCAUGAUACGGUUGUGAAAUCAGUUCGAUUUGAUUGUUAUCAGUCGUGAUUUAUUGUAUAAAAUAAAAUCUAGAUAAAGUCAUAGUGAGAAAAUUGUUGAAAAGCUGUCUUUUUUACUUUACUUUAAACUUAGAGAGAAUUUUUUUAAAAGUUAGUAGCGUGUCGUAUAAUGAUUUAAUCUAAUUAAAAAUCAUAAAGUGCUUAAGUUUCCGUGCGGUAUUUUUCUGUGUAAGCCUGAUACUUUUAGAAGAUGGGGAUCAAAAAUGUAAUUAUUCACAAGCACACAUUAGAAAUAACCGUUACAUGGCAAUACAAUUCCACUCCGUAACGGAUAAAAGAUCCCAGAACAACGAUUGCGGAGAGAACAGCAUGACAAUAGUCACAGAGAAGAAGAUAGAAGAUGAUGCGUCAGAAUCUUCUAGCGGGGAGAAUGUGGAUAUAGAAGAUAAAUCUCUGCCCAUAGUAGAGCCAGCAUUAGAGUCAACAGACGAAGGCCACGCCGCGCAAUGCGCGUGCCCCAACUGUGAUGAAGUUCUUUCAAGAUUCUCAGAGUGCAGCAUAUGCUUGGAGCCUUUACAGUGUAGUGGCCCCUGUGUCUGCCCCUGGUGCGGCGGAGUGUGGUGCGCGAGGUGCUCAAGACGCAUGUCCCGCUGCGCCUGGUGCCGAGGCAGCCUGCGAGCACCAGCUGCGCCCUGCCUCGCGCUACAGAGACUCAUCAACGACCUCAUGCUCCCGUGUCGGAACUAUAGACGAGGCUGCAAUGAACUCCUGACCGCAAACAUCAGAGUAAAGCACGAAGAGGAAUGCAAACACGAUACAAUGAUAUGCCCCAUCACGCCUACCUGCUGCUCCGUCCCUUUCGAAGAACUCUCAGGUCACCUCCAAUCGAACCACAACAUCAUCGCCGUAUACUCGCAGAAGAUCAAAAUCUUAAUAGAAAACUUCCAAACCAAACUGAAGAAGACGGCAUGCUGUCGAACCAAAUACAAAAUAAUUCUCCUCUACCAAAAAAGCGCAUUCAUCAUCAAAGUGUGCAUAUACAAUUACCAUGUAAAAGUUGAAGUCAUGAGACGGAAGCUCGGGUACAUCGCUGAUGUCAAAUCAGAAUCUAAAAAGAGUGAUUACUGUGCGCUCAUCGAAUUCCAGAGUAAAGCACUAUGUACCAAAUCAGCAAUUCUCAUCGAGAAUGAGGCAUAUAGUAAGAAAGCUGAAGUACAAUGGAACGAUGUUAUACUUAAAUCAGAAAAUGAUGAAGCUAUUACCAUCCAUGUUAAUAUUGGUAAAACUGAUGCAGAACCUAUUAGAAAGGAAUUGCCCGAGUCAUGAUAAGUUGAAGAUACAGAAAUUGGGUUGCUACAUGGAAAUGAAUUAGGCAUGUGAUAUUAAAAACGAUUUGAAGAUGUUUUGAACGUAGCAGAUUUGAAACGAUCUUCGAAUAUUAAAUUAGAGGCCAAAAGAACUUAAGUCAGAUAUCAUGAAGAAAUCUGACCUAUUAUUAUAUUUUUAUUCGAAAUAAACGAUGAAUUUAUGUUUAUUGAAAAUGUUACAAUAAUUUAAAACUAGCUAAACGUAAUUACACGUGGAAUUAUGCCAAGAACACUGGCUGUUACUGCACUGAACAGCCAAAUUGAUUCUUUGCGCAAAAAAUGAGAAAGCCCUUCUGUCUUCAGAAGAUGCAAUUAAUCAAUUAGUUGCGUAAUAAUGGUUUUUAUAAUGUUUUUUAAAAUAAUGACGAGAUCGUAAACGGAAAUUUAAUUUUGAUGUUCCCGUUUAACACGAAUUUUUGUAAAGUUGCUAUUUUAAGAGUGUUCCUUAUUUUUAUUAAAGAUACUGUUAAUUGUGUGUACAUUCCAAUCGAUUUGGAUCAUAUUUUUUGUGAUUUUAAUGUAAGAUAAUAAUAAAUGAGGAUAGUCAAAGUUUUCAGAUUAGCUCUACAAUGACUGAUAUAGGCUUAACUUAGAUAUGUACUUAGAUAUAUUUAUAAGCGAUUGUAUUUAAAUAUAAGCUUUAAAAUAAACAGUUUGAAGUUAA